CCGUUUGUGUUUGUUUUAAUAGAAUUGUAGCAAAAUGCCGCCUGACGUCCAAAUAACGUCCGACAGCGACUUAGAGAGCGUAUUGCAGGAUUUUAAAUUGCGACAAACACGUCGCGACAGCACAGGACCAAAAUAUACCUGCAGCAUUGCCGGCUGCGAUGAAAAGUUUAAACGUCUGGAUCAAUUGGAUCGCCAUGAAUAUCACCAUACGGGCGUUAAAAAGCACGCCUGCUUUUACGAUGGCUGUGACAAAAUCUACACCAUUAUCACGCAUUUAAAGCGUCACCUCCGCACCACACACGAGCGUCCCGACUCUGCCGCGCAAAAGACGGUGAAAUGCGCGCUGGAAGAAUGCGACAAGAUGUUUACCUCCGCCAGCAAUAUGCAGCGUCAUGUGCGAGAGGCUCACGAGCAUCCACGUGAAUACUCUUGCGCCUAUUGCGAAGCGAAAUUCACACAAAAGUUAAAGCUGCGCCGGCAUGAGAUCACAAAACACACGCAGGAUUAUCCAUACAGAUGUGGCAAAUGCAGCCGAGGCUUCUAUCAGAAAUGGCAGCAGGAGAGUCAUGAACGGAGCUGCAAAUUGUAUUCCUGUGACAAUUGUACGCUUAAAUUUGAAAAAUGGUCGCAGUACCAACGACAUUGUCGUUUGACUCAACACGGCCGUAAUCGCCAUAAGUGCGGGCACUGUGAUCGCUGUUAUGACAAGCCCAGUGAUUUGAGUAAGCAUGUAAUCGCUAAACAUUCAAAAGAAGGAGACGAGAUGGGCUCAGCAAUACCGUUUGUUUGUAAGGAACCCAAUUGUACCCGGGCCUAUGCUUAUGAACGCAAUCUGCGCCAACAUGUGCUCACAGCACAUGUGGGAAAACGUUUUGAGUGCCAGGCUGUCAACUGUGGACGUUGCUUCAGCAGCGCCCAAAACAUGGCCAAGCACUUGAAAAGGGACCAUCCGAACACUGGACAAGUGCAAAAGCUCAAGGAAGAGCCACCGCCCAAAAAGAUUAAACGUAAACAACGUAAGGAUGCUGGCAAGCCCAUUAAAUCAAACUUAUCCAAGUUGUCUGGCCUAGUGCUUGAGAAGGAAGUGGAUGGGCGAGUUCGUGCUCGUGACGUAUCGAUUCUGGACAAUGUAGCUCGUCAGCUGGAGCUGCAGAUGCCUCAGCCGUUGACAGAAGAUGAAGAGGUCGGCGGUAAUGAUAGCGAAGAUGAUACUGAUAAAGAUGAAAUGGCCAUAGAGAAGCUAUUAACUGAGACGCUACAGGACGAGGAAGAAGUCGUGUAGCUUUCAUUUUCAUGUAUUUAAUAAACAAAAUUUUUUGUAAUAGACA